AGGAGCAUGCUGGCAGCUUUGCUUUUCAGCACUCCAGAAGGACCAGAAAGCUACACAUGUCUGUCAUCUUAACAGGACCCAAGACAGAUGAAACAGGAGUUGUGGGUACUCAUCAUAUACUGAAAUCAGGCCAUUCCUGGGGCAAUGCCUUUCCAUGGUUAUAGGCUAUGAAUCAGAUCAUGGUCAGAUCUAAGGUGACAGUGACUCUGCAUAUACUCUUCUGCUGGAUUUACAGAGGUGUUAUAAACCUCCACUGCUCUGGAUACGUGUGGAUAGAACCAGCUCCAGUUGUUCAGUUGGGUUGGAACAUUUCUAUAAAUUGCCAUUCUACCAUAAACUGUGAAAAGUCAAAAUUAUACAUGAGUCUAAAUGAUACUCACAUUCAGGACAAAUUAUUAAGAAUAAACAGAACCACUGUGCAGCUUCAGCUUCAGGAUUUUAGGAAACCAGAUUCUACGACUGUUGUAUGUUUUGCGAAGUGUCCCAACAGUAUUGAAAGGCUGCUGGUAUGCGGAACACAAUUUUCUGCAGGAUAUCCACCGGACAGCCCCAGGAAUUUAACCUGUGUUAUCUAUGAACAUUCAAGCCACAUGACUUGUACUUGGGACCCUGGGAAGCGUACAUACAUAACCACUGAUUACACUCUCUUGGUGUGGAAUGUACAGACAUGUGAGAAGAAGGCCUUUCCUUCGAAAGGAACUCUCACCAUUCCACUGAACAAACUGCAAGGAGAAAAACGGUACUCCAUGAGGGUCCAAGCCCAAAAUGUCCUGGGCACAGCAUAUUCACCUGAUCUAAUAGUUGACCUUGAGGAUCUAGUGAUACCUGCAGCACCUGUUAUCACCUUUGUUGAAACUACAAACACUUCAGCUCCAAGAACUAUAAUGCACUGGAGGAAGCAAACACUGGUCAACAAUGUUUACUGUGAAGAGAGAUACAAAGCAACAACAAAUCUAACAUGGCAGAUUAGAGAAUGGGACAUGCAUGCAAGGAGCAAGCCAUGCACAGAGUACACAUUGGAGCCAAAUACAGAGUAUGAAUUUCAAGUUAGAUGCCGAAUAAUUCGUGCCAGAAGCAACUGGAGUGCAUGGAGUGUGUCCUUUAUUUAUCUAACCCCAGAAGCAGCCCCUGCUAAUGUACCUGUGGAUGUGUGGAGACUAGUGGGUCCAGUAUAUGCAAAUGGGAGCAGAGAAGUGACAGUCUUGAUAAAGCCUCUUGUUCCAAAAGAUGCCAGAGGAAGAAUUCUGGGAUACACAGUGUACUACAAGCACCAGGGAGAAAGGUUUAACUUAUGUAACACAUCAGAAACCAAAUGCAAAGUCCUGGUAUCUGCUGAGGUGCAUACUCUCCAUGUGACGGCAUACAAUUCAAAGGGGAGUUCAAAACCAGCCAAUAUCACUGCUGAUUAUCAAGCUUUCCCAUCCCCUACCAACAUGCAGAUUAAAUAUGAGAAUCAAAGUGGGAUCACUGUUAAAUGGGAGCCUCCUAGGCCCAGGGAGAGGUCAGUCCUGUGGUUCAUAGUGGAAUGGACUUCUGCAUUUCAACAAAACCAGGUACAGAAUUUCCAUUGGAAGAAAGUCCAGGACACAACUACAUAUAUCCAGGACAUUGCAGCUGGAAGACACUAUAAUGUUUCAGUGUAUGCAGUGUACCAGGAUGGGAUAAGCCAACCGUGUUCUGUCCAAAGCUAUCUGGAAGAUUUAGUGAACCAGCUCCAGAAAGGAAACAUGUAUGCUGAUCCUGUAAUCAUCUCCACAGCGACCGGAGAGAUUCCCUACGACGAUGAAGUUGGAGUUUUUUUGGGACUAGGCAUCGGUACGAUCAUACUGUCAAUUGCCUUUUUAACCUUGAUGUCUAAAAAAUCUUUUAGAAAAAGAAUUAGCACCGUGGCUGUGUCACUGACACCAACAUGUCUGCUUGAAGAUUUCCCUCAUAUGGAAAACAGCAACAUGAUCAAAUCACUCCAGGAAAAAAGUGAAUUCAUGAAUGACAUCUCCACUGAGUUUUACCUGGUUGAUGAUGACCCUGUAGUUACAGAAAUACAGGAGAACUCACUGCAUGGGGAGAACAAGACUGUGGAUACCCCAAAAGACAACAGAGAAGUGACUAUUGAGAAUGCAGACAGUCCACAAAACUCCUCACCUGACAGAUUUACAGCCACUGAGCAUAGCUAUGGGUAUAAACCCCAGAUUUUCAAUGGAAAUACACUAGGAUAUAUAUGUAGCAAUGCUUACGAAACUCAGACCCAAACACUGGAUCCACAUGCAUCUCCAUCAAGCCUAGAUACAAAUGUUUUCUUAAAGGAUUAUACAAGUCCUACUCCUUACUUGUGGAACGCUGAAGGAGUGGAGAGGAAUAUAUUUUUACUUGAGAAGAUUAAUCUCAUUUUAAGCAACAGCAGAAGUGGGCAGAGCAGCACUUUCAGUUCAGCAAAUGAGGAGCCAAGUAGACUUGUGGAAAACCAGCAGAAAGGAUCACUGUCCAUUGAAAAUGUUCAAGAGCAGACACUGGUUCCCGAUGAGAUGGUUUCUUGCUUAAGUGCUCUAAAUGAAGGUUCCAGACAUAUUAAAUCUUAUUUUCCACAAACCACUGGAAGAAUAUUUCAAUAGGAAUAACUGUAAAAUAAAAACCAGGUUUUUUUUAUGAC